GGCCUCCUGUGCCCUGGAAGGACCCUCGAAAUGCUCGCCAUCUAACCCCUUGUUUCCAUGGAACAGUCCCUGGCCCCUGGGCUCUGAGGGCCCUGCCCCUGGUCAGCCUGUAACGUCUGCUGCCCCCACAGGCCACGGGUGCCCGCCUGCCGCAUCCAUGGCCCUGGCCAGCAUGAACGAGCUUCCGGAGAGCAUCCUGCUGGAAGUAUUCACACACGUGCCCGCCCAGGACCUGCUGCUGUACUGCCGCCCUGUCUGCAGCCUCUGGCGCGACCUCAUCGAUGUCACCACCCUCUGGAAGCGCAAGAGCCUGCGCGCCGGCUUCGUCCCCGAGGACUGGGACCAGCCCGUGGCCGACUGGAAGAUCUUCUACUUCCUGUGCAGCCUCCGCAGGAACCUCCUGCGUAACCCGUGUGCUGAAGAGGACAUGAAAUCGUGGCUACUUGACUCCAAUGGGGGUGACCGCUGGAAGGUGGAGAGCCUCCCGGGAGACCAUGGAACAAGUUUUCCUGACCCCAAGGUUAAGAAGUACUUUGUCACAUCCUACGACAUGUGCCUCAAGUCCCAGCUGGUGGACCUCAAAGCCGAGGGCUACUGGGAGGAGCUGCUGGACACAUUCCGACCCGACAUCGUGGUGACGGACUGGUUCGCCGCCAGAAGAGACUGCGGCUGCACCUACCACAUCCGAGUGCAGCUGGCCUCAGCCGACUACAUCGUCUUGGCCUCCUUUGAGCCCCCACCCAUGGCAGUGCCCCAGUGGAAUGAUGCCACGUGGACAGAGGUCUCCUACACCUUCUCGGACUACCCUCCAGGCGUCCGCCACAUCCUCUUCCAGCACGGGGGCAAGGACACCCACUACUGGGCGGGCUGGUACGGGCCCCGAGUCACCAACAGCAGCAUCGUUGUCACGCCCAGGACAGCCAGGAACCCGGCCCCCACCUCAGCGCAGCCUGAGCUGAGGCAGGAGCAGGACGUGGCCCAGCUGCACGGCACCCUGUGACUGUCUGCCACCCGACAGCCGUCUGUCCGUCCUGCCUGCCUCAGCCAAGGGCCCCUCUGGGCAAGAGCUGUCCCCAGAGCGGGCAGUGAGGUCGUCCCGUCCUGGGAGCUCUGCUGGUUUCAGUCCUGGUCUGUGAUACUUUCACCGUCACACAUUUAUUUUGUCAUAAUAAAUGUUUUCAGUAAAA